AUCUGAACUCUAGUCUAUUGGGUUAGAAAUGUGAAAGCUACUGUCUGAAAGUCCCACUAUUGGGCCAUAUCAAGCACUGUUACAUAAAUUAAAUCAAUAAUUAAUAGUUACAUAAUUAAUACUUACAGUAAAUAAUAUUAGUAGCAGCAUAUUCUUUAAGAAUUAGAACACUGAAUUGGUUUCAAACUUGUGCUUAAGCUGAAGAAUGGCUUAUUAUAAAAAAAACUCAGCUCACCUUUAGUUUAGCUCAAGAUCAGCACCUAUAGCCACAGUCAAGUGUGAGAAAAUUGCUUGCCAUGUACCUAGAGAAUUUGGAUAUUAUAAAUUACUGACGAGGGAAAGUCACUCUUGUGCUUGAAGUCAAAAUAAACUAAAGCAGAUAAUUGAAUAACAAAUCACAAUCUAUGACCAAACUAUCCAAAAAUAUCCUGGAAUAAACUUGUAAACUACUCCGUUCGAGACAACAAUGAGUAAAUACUUACUAAAUACAAGCAGUGGCCAUGUUUCAAAAACAAUUAUAGAGUAGUUUCCCUUGAAAAAUUGUCUAUUCACAUGUCUGUCCAUAUCUAAGAAGCUGUCCAGCAUGGAGGUGGAAACAGAUGUGUUAGCUGCAGUUUCAUCUACUGUAGAUAUACAGUCAAAUGAAUUGACAGAGUUUUCAUCUUCUGAAGAUUUGAAACCAGAUCUAUCGGCCAUAUUUUCAUCUUCUGCUGGCAUCAAAACAGAAUUAUUGACAUUUAUUAAUUUCCAGGAUAUAAAACCUAACAUGUCAUUUAAAACUUCUCAAGAUGUUAAACCUGAUAUUAAUUCAGAAUUUUCUUCUUCUAAUGACAUAAAAAUAAAACCAGAAUUAUCAUUUUUUAAUGUUCAGGAUAUAAAACCUAACAUGUCAUUUAAAACUUAUCAAGAUGUUAAGCCUGAUAAUACAUUUUCAAUUGAAAAAAUUAAUAAGAAACCUGCUGCAUCAGCAGAAUUUUCAACAUCUGAAAAUUUAAAACCAGAAUUAUCAAAUACUGAAUAUUUAAAACAAGAUUUCACAACAGAAUUUUUAUUUUUUGAGAAUAAACAAGAAAAUGGACUUGAAGAAAAUCUACAAUUGUCUGGGGACAACGAAAAUAAAAUUGUUUAUUAUGAUAAAACAUUUUCUCAAAGUUCUAAAAAUUAUAUGCAUAAAAAUGUUCAUUUUGAAGAUAAGCCAUAUGACUGUGAUGUUUGUCAUAAAAGGUUUUCUCAAGGUUCUAACUUAAAUCAACAUAAAAAGAUUCAUACAGUAGAACAUGCAUAUGAUUGUGAUGUUUGCCAUAAAAUCUUUGCAGAUAAGAAUGUUCUAUUGCGACACAAAAUUGUUCAUUCUGAAUAUGAAUGUAAUAUUUGUCUGAAAAGAUGUUUAUAUAGUUUUAAGUUAAAAGAACAUACAAAAGUUCAUUCAGGAGAUAAACCACAUGAAUGUGAUGUUUGUCAUAAAAAUUUUUCUCGGAGUGAUCAUUUAAGAGAACAUAAAAAUGUUCAUUCAGGAGAAAGGCCUUAUGAAUGUGAUGUUUGUCAUAAAAGGUUUUCUCAAAGUUCUAUUUUAAGAACACAUAAAAAGUUUCAUUCAGGAGAUAAACCACAUGAAUGUGAUGUUUGUCAUAAAAGGUUUAUUAGAAAUUGUGAUUUAAAAAAACAUAAAAAUGUUCAUUCAGGAGAUAAAGCACAUGAAUGUGAUGUUUGUUAUAAAAAGUUUUCUCGAAGUGAUUGUUUAAGAGAACAUAAAAAUCUUCAUUCAGGAGAAAGGCCUUAUGAAUGUGAUGUUUGUUAUAAAAGGUUUUCUCAAAGUUCUAAUUUAAGAACACAUAAAAAGAUUCAUUCAGAUGAAAGGCCACAGGAAUCAUGAUGAAUGUGAUGUUUGUCCUAUAAGGUUUGCUUGGAUUUGUUAAGAGAGAAUUUUGUUCUUUUGGGAGAAAAGCCAUAUGAAUUUGAUGUUUGUCCUAAAUGAUUUACUUAGAGUAGUUAUUUAACUACACUUACAAAACUUUUUGGCUAUAAAUGGCUUCUCAACAUUCUUAUUUUAGUGCACAUAAAAAAGUUAAUUCAGGAUACAAGCUACAUGAAUGUGGUAUUUGUCAUUAAAGAUUUUCUUGAAGUUGUAGUCUAAAUUAUGUUUUUCUCAAAAGAUUUUCUUAAAUAUCUAAUUUAAAUACUCUAAAAAAUUAAUUCUAUAAAUAAGACAGAGGAAUAUGAUGUUGGUAAGGAAAUGUUUUCUUUUUUUUGUCAAAGAAAUUCAUCAUGACUUGAAAGCAAUUAAAUGUCAUUUUUUAACAUAAUAUCUAUAGCAAAUUUUAUUAUAAAAUUUCUUAUAAUUUUUUUCUCUGCACAUAAAUUUAACUAGUGGUUAACCAAAAGUGGGUCAUAGUUAAUACAUUUUUGUAUUUGUAUUAUGAAAAGAUUCUUUAGUCAAAGAGUAUACCUUGACAAUUAUUAUACAUACUGUAAAAAAUAAACUUAUUCUAUUAUUUCAGCUGCAUGUGUACUUUUUUUUCUUUAUGUAUCCUACUUCUUUUUGUGUUAUUUGUAAAUAUGUAUGAUAGAAGAAGUAAGCUAUCACUUUAGAGACCCAGGGUUUUAUUUUUACACCCGCAUGGUUUUUUUAGGCACACUGUUAAUUUGCCUAUUCUUUCCAAAUUUUAUAAAAUUGACAAUGCACAUUCAUUGGUACAAGGGAGUUUACCAAUUCUGAUCAAACCAAUUACACAUUAACAAUAACAGAAGCUAACUAAAAUAAAACACACUAUUCAAUUUCAAUGUAUUAUUUACAAAACUUCUGAGCAGACAGUAAUUUUUUUGUAAAAACUUUUUCAUCUUUUGCUAAAUGCCUUUAAUCAUUAUAUUGAGAGGUAUAGAAUCACAAAUCCUAUGACCAAACUCUACUGGAUGCAAUGUAUAACUCAAACAGACCACAUGUAAAAACUUCCUCUCCCUCCCCACUAUUUACAUGUCUUAUGGAACUAACCCCAAGUUUCAUGUUGCUAGAUGUUUUUUUUUAAGUUCAUUUAAAUGCAUUUGUUACAUGUUAUAUAUAGAUUUUUAUCUUUCUUCACACCUCAAUAUGAACUUUAUGCCAAAUCUCAGACUCCUCUCUGCAUACUAUGUGAUUGAAAAGAUAAUAAAAUAAUUUUCUUCACUUAUUCAUAUAGGCCAUUCCAUUUAAAGAUUAAUCACACAUUUCAAUGUCAUAAAUUUACAUUAAUUAUUUUUACAAAAACAGCAUAAAAAUUAUAAAUUUGAAGAAAACAAAGACUGGAGCUGCAAUUGUUACAUUUUGUUAUCUUAGUUUCAACAUAAUGUAAGUUUUGGCUAGUUAUUAUUUGAUUGUGUAUUCCUUACUAAAAAUAGUACUAUUAAUAUUAAGAAAAUAGCAUUGUAAAGUAAAUUCUAAUGUAGUGAAUUAUUAGAAAUUGUAACAUGAAAAUUUUAAGAAAUAAAAUGGCUAAAGUGUGUGUAAAAUUUUAUUAUUGUUUUUCUAACAACACUUUCUCUAUGUACAUUCCAAUGAGGCCAAUGUGUUUUGAAUGCUGGGGUGUAUUUUACUCUCUUGUGAUGCUCCAAAGCCUGUACUUGCAAGUUAGGUAAGGCCAGUGUCGGACAACAUUUGUUUGUUACUAAUGUUAGUGUGAGCGGGUAAAUGGAUGUCUUAUUUUGUAUUAUUUUAUUGUGUGCGAAUCUGCAUGAAUGGUCCACUUGACAGCGGCUACAGGGUUUCCCGUUCCGCACGAAGCGGUCAGUAAAAACUUACCGCUUGGAUAACUUCUUUCUUUUGAGAUGUAGAUCAGGUCAGUUUCUGUGUGGGCUCACCUCGUGCGUGAAGGUAUUUGUUUUUUAAUUGUAUUUGUACAUGUGUGAUUGGUAUGAAAGCGACUGCCGAUGCUUCUCGUUUUCUUUCUUUUUCGUCUGAAAAGAGAUAGUGGGCAUCGGCUUGUCUGGUAUACUCGUGGUGUUUUCUUUUUUGAAAGGUUUGAAAUGUAUUUUGGUAUUUUCUAAAACCCUUGGCGUGUUUUAGACCACGUGGUUUAGGUCGUUAUGUUUAGGAUUGUUUCCCAAACUGGUUUGAGUGUGUUUGUGUAUUUUACUUUUUUAUUUUAAAGUAUUGUUAUUGUGGGUUCCCCACGAUGACUAAGUUGGGCUCAGUCACAAGUAAUUUUGUUGUGUUAGUCUUAGACAGUAAUGAGUGUAUUUUAGGUUGCUGUAAAAUUAAUGUGUGUGAUGUUUCUUACAACGUCUUGUUGAGUCACUUGCUUUGUGUCUACCUCUAUUUGGGGCCUUAGCGGGGUGUGUUAACUUUAUUGUUAUCAAUGUGGAUGUUGUGUAGGUAGACCAAUGGCUUCGUGCUGCUUCUUGUGUUGGAUAGAUUGGUUCUACAAUGAUGAUUUUUAUUGCACGUUAUUUUUAAUUGGCUAAUUUCUUGGUUAGACAGUGAUUUAUUGUGGUUUUUGAGAAUUGAUUUAGUAUUCUAGGAUUAGUGGUAGUAGUAAGGAUUAGUAUUUUACUCGAGGCUUUAGAUAUCUUUAGUAGUAGUCAGUAGUAUUUAAACAUAUGUAUAUAUUGAUGUAUAUAUAUUUUUCCAUGCAUUUUCUUAUGUUUUCCUUUUCUUUUUUCUCUCCCCUCCCCCUUCCAGUGAAGUUGUUUGUGAAACUUGGCUUGAUUUGUAUGGAUUGUUUUGUUUGAUGUUUGGUGCGGAUAUUAGAUGGCGUUUCGGUGGCAGUACUGGUAAGGAUGGUUGUCUGUGUGUUCAGAGCCUAGACUCCGAGGUACCGAAGGUACAUAAUAUCCCAUUGAACGUUGUGUUUUGUUUGUUUGGUGAUUGUUUAGUGUUGCAUUAGGAUGUUUUGAAUUUGACUUAAUGUUUACGUUUUUUUUGUUCCAUUUUAUUUCAUGCAAUAAAUUCUGUAAAUUGUU